AUGGCUCAAAUCCACCGGUUAAUUGGGCAAUUAAGGUUCAUAGGAGCCAACUUUGUCUCUCUGCUCCUAAAUGACCUAUUUUCUUCUAUUAGAGAAAUGGAAAUAGUGAUACCUGCGGUUCCAACAAUGGAGUUCGAGUUUACCAGUGCAAGAUCAUCUCCAUAUUUGAGUGCUCCAGCAUCACCAAAGAGAUUUGGUGAAUAUUUCUUUACAAGUGCACCUACAAGUCCCUCGGGCAUCUCUCAGUUUGACAGGGAAUUUGAUAGCUUGUAUAUGAUGAACGAUGAGCAUUCUUCUGUUGUUCCUUUUGACUGGGAAGAGAAGCCUGGUACACCAAAAUCACAAUCUCCCAGCAGGGCAAUAGCCGCUACUGAUAAUGAAGAUGAUUUUGCUUUUAAUUUCAGUAAGGAAAUGGAGAAAGAGUCCCUCACUGCUGAAGAGCUCUUUGAUGGUGGCAAAAUCCGUCCACUAGAGCCUCCACCAAGAUUACAGCUUGACGACCAUACAACUCUGAAGAGCCCACUUUUGUCUUCGAGGUCACCGAGAUCGCCCAUAUCUUUAGGGAAAAAGGUCAUCCGUGAAGUAUUUUCACCUAGAGGCAAAAAGGAAACAGACCCAUUUGCGGCUGCAGUUGAAAAUACUCGAAAGCAAACGCAAAAUGACAGAGGAAGAGAAAGAAGAGCUCCAGAUUUGUCGAAAAGUUCAAGCCGUAGAGCGACAAGAUCACUAUCUCCAUUUAGAGUAUCUGAGUAUCCAUGGGAAGAAGAAGAAACGCAACAUCAACAACCUAUAAAACAGUCAUCGUUCAGCUCAAAGCCAUCUUCCACUUCAAAGAGUUCAUCAAGAAAAUGGAGAUUGAGGGAUUUUCUUCUGUUUCGAAGCGCAUCUGAGGGACAUUCAAGGGAUAAGGAACCGAAGUAUCAGGCUUUGUUCAAGAAACAUGAAGACACAAAGAACUCUAGUUUUCGGUCAGCCGACAGUUCUGGAGAGCCAAUGUCUGGCUCAAGAAGAAGAGGACAGGUAUCGGCACAUGAAUUGCAUUAUACACAGAAUAAAGCUGCAUCAGAGAAUUUGAAGAAGAGAACUUUCUUGCCAUACAAACAAGGGAUUUUGGGGAGGCUGGCCGUUAAUCCUCUUGCAAAUGGAUUUCGAUCAUGAAACUUAGAGACCUAGUUAAUAUUACAUGUUGCUGUAAUUAAAGAUAGUUUUAUUCUUUCUUCUGUUCCUAUGUUAAGUGUAGAGUUUACAUCAAGGAACAAACUGUUACGACUUACGAGCCAUGGAAAUAUGGAUUCCACGCUUGUACCAAUCUUUCAUAUAUAAUUUUAUGUAUAAAUAAUAAUAUAUCUUUAUAUAAUUAAAAUCA